ACUCUGUAUCUCUACAUUCACACCACCCGAAUCUUUUAACAGAAUCAUUUUUUAAUUCCCUCCUUUUCUCUUCUUAUUAUUACUUGUACCUAAUUAUUUGCAAGGGUUUAAGACUUUAAUCUCGGCCUAGUAAUAAAUUCCCAAGAUUUUGUGGUUUUCUAUCUGGGUUUUGAUUGUUUUGAAGUGGGCUGGUUUUAGUUUUUGGUAUAGUAAUCUGCAUGUAUGUGAUUGUGAUUGUGGAUUGAUAUGGCGAAUCCGUAUAAUGAACCGGGUCGACCCGUUAAUGGGAAUUCUCGCCAGCAGGAGAGUACUCCAGUGUUGCAGCAUAGUUCUGGAAUUUCUAUGGAGUGGACUCCUGAAGAACAGGCCAUUUUAGAGGACAAUCUUGCAAGAUAUGGUUCUGAAACGAAUAUAGUCCGUUAUGCGAAGAUAGCUGUGUUGUUACAUAACAAGACAGUUCGAGAUGUGGCAUUGCGCUGUAGAUGGAUGAAUAAAAAGGAAAAUAGCAAAAGAAGAAAAGAGGAUCAAAGUCUUUCAAAAAAAAACAAGGAUAGAAAGGAAAAAGUGGCUGAUCCUUCAUCAAGGCCAUCCCUGUUAGCAGGUGGUCCUACUGGAAAGCUUCUUUGGCAAAAUGGUCAAGUGUUGGAGCAGAUUUCUGCAAAUUUCAGAUCUUAUCAGAUGCACGAGAACAUAGGGCUGUUUUGCCAAGCCCGAGACAACAUUCACCAAAUCUUGAACAACCUGUGUGAUACCCAAGACGUAAUGAAGCAGAUGCCGCCUCUUCCAGAGGAAUUGAAUGAAGAGCUAGCUAACCUAGUUCUUCCUCGGAGAACCUUUAACAUGGAAACCAUGACUCAUAAUCAUAACGGCAUGUUGUAAAGUAUCUAGGCAUUCCCUUCAACUGGUAUAUUGUUGCUGGAUCUUUCAUCUUCAUCAUACUUCAGGAGCUUCCACAAUGAAACCUCCACAUGUCAAUUUAGUUUCUACAUCACAAUUGUUAUAUGUCAGCCUGGUGGAUAUCUUGAAACGGAUUUUAAAGGGUGUGGGGUUAGUUUGGUUAGUUUUCUUUUAUUACUUUUGAGUAUUUUGGUAUUGAAAUAAUGUACAGUAAUUUUAGUAAUUUUAGUAAUUGCAGGAAAGUAAGAUGCUAACAGCAACAAUCAUUAUAGGCCAUUCAGCCUUUUAUAUUAGUUUGCAAGAUUAUAAAUGAUUCUUGGGUAAUGUCAAAUAUUCUUGAUUACGAUCAUGGUUAUCACAAGGACAACUAGUCGACGGGAAGGCAUGGUUAUCAAGAAGACAACUAGUCGACCUGAAGGGACGCUGAGUUUCUUCAAACCAGGAUAACCAUGAUUAUGCUGUACCAGCGUUGAUCCAAUCAGUUACAACACAAGUAGAUGGAGAUGAGCAUAAUAUAUUUGCUUGUAUUUUAUUAUCAAAUAUGUUUUUAUAUGGUUGGACAUGAUUGGUAUUUGGAUGCUAUUAUGCUGUAGUUAUGCUUGAUUUGAACUUAUUUUUCUAUUACUUUUAAUUAAAAUUAUAGAACUUAUAUGUGA